UUCAGUCCUGUCAGUGAGUAGAGGCACUCAGAAAUAGCAGAGAAGAGAGGGAGCCCGGAAACGCAUGGUGAACUAAUGGAUUACUCUCACAGACUCUUGUGAACUACACAGCAUCGACAUACCAUCAACCACACAACCUGGCAAAUACAGUACAGACAUACAAUAUUCACACUGAUUUCACUUCAGCCUCAUACACUCAACAAGCUCUCUACAAAUUUAAAUCACACAGACUUUGAGACAGACAGUUCUAACACAGGUCUCUUAAUCUACAUUAGAGUAAAUAGACAAACGGAUUCUCUGAUUCUGACACAAACACAGACACAAUGGAAAUGCAUGGGCUUCAGUGUUGAACUGAAGGACCAAAGAUGUGAAUUUCGGUGAGGAUUCUGACACCUUUGUGAAACAUCACUGAAGAGCACCACAAGCAAAACAGGACACACAUGAAGAGGUUGACCAUGCACUGACAAAAAGGCAUGGAAACCAUCUCCGGGGAAAUGGGUUGGAAUGGAUUAGGCCACUCCUCUCUGGCAUCCGUGACAACAGGAAGAACCAACCUCACUUCCUCCCUCUUCUCCGACUUCACAUCCCUUAACAGUUCUCAUGAAGGGGCAGGGUCCUAUUACUGGAUUAUCCCCGAGAACGCCUCAGCCACCACGCCCCAUGCUUUACCCCAGCCCAGGGUGAGGGAUCUGGGUCUGGCCCGGGCAGAGAUAGGGGUCCUGGGCUUGGUGCUGGCCCUCACUACCCUAGGGAAUGGCUUCGUACUGUGGGUGCUGCUCCGCAGGAGGAAACACAACGCUCCCAUGCAUCUGUUCAUGGUCAACCUGUGUCUGGCUGACCUGGUGGUGGCGCUGUUCCAGGUUUUCCCCCAGCUGGUGUGGGACAUCACAGAAAGGUUCCAGGGGCCGGAUUUUCUGUGUCGCUCAGUAAAYUACCUGCAGAUCGUAGGGAUGUUCGCGUCCUCCUAUAUGAUCGUAGCCAUGACAGUGGACCGGCACUAUGCCAUCUGCUGCCCACUGCAGGCCUAUCGUGGUGGGUCCGUGUCCCGCUGGAACACCCCUAUUAUGAUGGCCUGGGGCCUGGCCUUACUUCUCUCUAUACCACAGUUGUUCAUCUUCUCGCGGUCGGAGGUGUCUCCAGGAGAGUUUGAGUGCUGGGCUAACUUCGCUGAGCCGUGGGGACUCAAGGCCUACAUCACCUGGAUGACCCUAGCAGUGUUCUUACUGCCAGCACUAAUCAUCACGGUCUGCCAGAUCCGGAUCUUCAGAGAGAUUCACAACAACAUCUAUCUGAAGUCAGAGAGGAUGGUGUCAGCAGAGCUCAAGAAGAACAACGAUGUCAUCUUCCACUUCCACAGAGUCAAAAAGGACAGCGACAGAGCGACCAGGGAGCAGGGGAGAGGGGCAUGCAGAGGGGGGAGAGGAGCAGGAGGGGAACAGCUUCUAAAGACUAUGAACAACAACCCCUCCAGCACUCUCUGUAACCCUCUCUUACCGCUCUCCCCCCAGUCUACUACAGCUGUUGUACCCUCAGAGUGCUAUCCCUACCUGUCCCCCUCUCCACAAUACAGCAGCUGUCACAACAACCACACAGCAGCAACACAGCAAAGCCCCUUCAAUACCCCAGAUAACAUAACCCUCCCCUCCAACCCCGGCCUCAGUGACCAAAGGGGCUCUAGUACAGCUGUAGUUCCCCAAUCAUGUGACACGUGCUCACAUGGAUCCCAUGGCCCAGUCACCUCAGGUGGUUGUGGUGGUGGUUCAGUGCCUCCUAACAAUGGUGGAUGCUACUGUCAUGAGUCCUACACAUCCUUCGAGCUCCCAUCCUCCCCCCGGUGUGUCUCCUCUCCACGCCCAUCGCUGGAGUACCCUCCCCCACCCCCCCGGGCCCUGACGCCCCCCUCCAUCUCCAAAGCCAUGUCUAAGACGGUGAGGAUGACUUUGGUGAUAGUGUUGGUGUACACAGUCUGCUGGUCCCCCUUCUUCAUCGUUCAGCUGUGGGCCGCCUGGGACCCCAACCCUCCAGACCAAGGCGUAGCGUUCACCAUCCUGAUGCUGCUGGCCAGUCUGAACUCGUGUACCAACCCCUGGAUCUACACCUUCUUCAGCAGCUCUGUGUCCAGGGAGCUACAGGCCAUGUUACGCUGCAGACCAAGAACCCCGCGCAGGGGCUCCAUACCUGACGACUCCACCACCACACACACCUCCACCACCAAGGACAGCCUCUACUGACACACUCAGACACUCACACAGCACACACACUCCACCAAGGACAACUUGUACUGUCUCACACACACACCACCACCUCCACUGCUGCCAGCACCUAAGACUAGAGGACAGCCCGCACUGACCUUCAGGCAGCAAACACAUUUCCCCCAACACGGAAACAUGGACAGCUGUGUUAUGGCCAGAAAGGAAGGACCCCUAUGAAACAUCCCCUGUCUGUCUGUCUGUCUGUCUGUCUGUCUGUCCCCUCUGUCUUCUCUCCCUCACACCGAGGAGGUUGCUAUUGAACGAGAGGAGAAACGUGAGUCAGCCGAGGAGGACAAAUGGAGAUCCUAUGCUGAUUAUUGGCUGCAACCCAACUCCAAUCAGAGGCCUGAAGAGAGGAGAGGAAAGGUGAUAUGAAGGUAGAGGAACAGUGGAUGACUUUUACUCUUUUGUUUAGAUCUAGAGUAACUGUCUGAAUCCCAGUAGAGGGAGAGGGAGGGAGGGAGAGAGAUAGAGAGAGUGAGCAUGUCCCAUGCCAAUAAAGCCCUUAAAUUGAAUUGAAUUGAGAGACAGAGAGGGAGGGAGAGUGAGUGUGAAAGAAAUAACUGGAGAGGACCAUUUCUGGAAGCAGAAUAAACAGAGGAUGACAGCGUGGGAGCAAUCCUUGGAGGAGGAGCGGUUGAAGUAGUGAAGGCUAAUAUUAUGGAUAAACUACAGGAAAUCAAAUCAAAAUGUAUUCUAAAUGCAUGCCUGAGGUGGAAUUCAUCUUCACUCAGGAGAGCGGGAGAGGAAUAUCUGGUGAAAGAAAGAAAGAAAGAAA